AUUGUUUUCGUUGAGACCAAAUGCAGAGAACUGAAGAAGAGCUGCUGAUUUAGCACAUGAUCUAUCUUAUUGCCUUGGGCUCUUAGUACAACAUUGACAGAGUGUGUGCAUGUGAAGGACAAUGUCUACGGGCUGCCCGCCCCAGUCUCCAGCUGUGGCCAAGACAGAGGUGAGCACAGAGGGCUGGUGCCCUCUUUUGGCUGCCACCUUCGCCUAUUGGGACAACAUCCUGGGCCCCCGUGUCCACCACAUCUGGGCUCCAAAAGGUCAAGGCUCCAUGUUGCUUAGCGAUGGCGAGGUGACCUUCCUGGCCAAUCACACCCUCAACGGCGAGAUCUUGCGUAGCGCUGAGAGCGGCGCGGUGGACGUCAAGUUCUUCGUCCUGGCCGAAAAAGGAGUCAUCAUCGUCUCGCUCAUUUUCGACGGUGAGCUGAAGGGGGACAAAAACACUUGUGCCCUGUCAAUCAUCAUGCCGCAGUCUGAGCUCAGCUUCUAUCUUCCGCUGCAUGGGAUGUGUGUAGAGAGACUCAAACAUGUGAUCCGGAAAGGCCGCAUCUACAUGCAGAAGGGUUUUAAUAUCAUCUCUGUGUUGUCCUCUGAGAUAAUUCCCAUUAUGGAGCUUCUCUCUUCCAUGAAGACGCAUAGCGUUCCAGAAGACGUUGACAUAAAAGACACAGUGUUGAAUGAUGACGACAUUGGAGACAGCUGUCAUGAAGACUUUCUGCACAAGGCUAUCAGCUCUCAUCUACAGACUUGUGGAUGUUCCAUGGUUGUUGGAAGUAAUCCAGACAAAGUCAACAAGAUGGUUCUUACCCUCUGUCUGUUCCUCACGCCUGCUGAGAGGCAGUGUUCACGGCUGUGCCGACCAGAUGGUUCCUUUAAAUACGACACUGGCCUUUUUGUACAGGGGCUCCUCAAGGAUGCCACAGGGAGUUUUGUGCUGCCGUACCGGCAGGUACUCUAUUCUCCAUAUCCCACUACACACAUUGACGUGGACAUCAACACGGUGAAACAGAUGCCACCGUGCCACGAACACUCCUACCACCAGCGCCGUUAUAUGCGGGCAGAACUCAGUGCCCUGUGGAGAGCAGCCAGUGAAGAUGACAUUACCGCGGACAACCUCAUCAACGCGCACGACUCCUUCACCCCUGACCUAAAUAUCUUUCAGGACGUGAUGCACAAAGACACACUGGUGAAGUCAUUUAUUGAUGAGGUCUUCCUGUUGAAGCCGGGGUUAUCUCUGCGCAGUGUGUACCUCUCCCACUUCCUGCUCUUGCUGCACAGGAAAGCUCUCACGCUGCUCAGAUAUAUUGAGGAUGAGACUCAGAAAGGGAAGAAGCCGUUCCGAUCGCUGCGGAGCCUUAAGACGGACCUGGACCUCACGGUAGAAGGCGACUUGAACAUCGUCAUGGCGUUGGCGGAGAAGCUGCGGGCGGGGCUUCACUCCUUCGUCUUCGGGAAGCCGUUUUACACCAGCGUGCAGGAACGCGACCUCCUAAUGAGCUUCUGACCCCCCUCGCUCGCCAUCUCUCGCUCGCUUCCAUGGCAACCUGGGAUCCACGGAAGAGGCACCGUUAUUCCCCCGGCCCCGAUUACCAAGCUUUGCUUCAACACCAUACUGCUUCAGUAUGUCAUUGUCACUUCAU